AGGUGCAGUUGGAAAUCUGGCACUGCAGUGGCUGCUAGCCGCCUUAAUGACUACAAAACAAUGCAUUGUGGGAAACAGUGCCCUGGCAGUUCUUGUACUUUGACGUGAUGCUGAUCAGAAAUGACUGGAACUAAAUGAAGGAAAUCUGCUUAUUUUGUAACUCUUUCAGGAAAUACUGAAUCACUGAUGUAAAAAAGAAAAAGAUUUUAAAUUGUCUGUGGUUUGAUGUGUCAGAGAUUCCUAACUUCCUACAGUCAAAGUGAAAUCUGUACAACAAAGGAGGCCUUCAGCUCUGCUCUGUUUGAUUGGAUAGCUCAAGUUAAAAAAUAAAAACAAAAAAGAAGUUAUUUUGCAGUUGCAGUCCCUUUUAGAUUCAAUUUUAUUUAAGUUUCAGUCUGGUUUUUUAUCACAGCACAGAAUCCGCCCUGCUAAAGGUGUACAAUGUUACAGCUGCUGAUGCCUAACAGCUUGUUGUUAGGACUCCUGGGUUUUCUUUGACAGCUGUUUUAAAUUGGACAGACACAUUGAGAAUGUUAUGCUGAUAAAUGAGCUCUUAUCACCUGUGCCUUUUGGCUAAAGCCUAAUCCUAAAGCUAAAACCUCCCUGAGUCGCAGUCGUCUUGAAACAGCCACGCCCUGAUCACCUCUCACAUAGAUUAUUGUAACUCUCUGUACUUUGGUGUCACUCAGCCAUCAGCUAUGCUUUUGUAAUUUUAUGUUCCUUUAAAAUUUGUUCUUAAUUUGAAUUGUACAUUUUGUUUCUCUUUCUUUUAUAGCAAGAGAUUUUAUUGUCCUGAAGCAGUUGCUGCGUGGCAUUGAAAAAAAAAACAAAUAUCACCAAUAUUUGAAAUUUCCACAUUUAUAGGAUAAUUCUAAAAGAUCAGACCUACAGUGUGAACCAAGAGGAAACCUUCACAGCAGCUGUCUGAAGAACCAACCAUUCCAUCAAGAGUUGCCUCCUGUGUUGUUGUGAUGUUCGCUGCCGUCUCUCCGGUGAAGAUGUGGUUUGGCUGCAUUCCUGUCAUGUUUGCUAGUUCCUGUCUGCUAAAAACGCAGAGAACAACAGAGUACAGAUUUAAAGCCGAUCCAUCUUGAAACCUGGAAGUCUUCUGUUCACAUAAGUUUCUGGACAGCUGGCUGAAGAAAACUAAACCUGUUACCCAAUCAGACGAAGGAUCAGCUCACACUGGUAGAAAUAAACAUCUGCUCAGCUGUGAGGACGGCUGUCAGAGAUCAGUGAACAUGACGGUGAUGAUGAAGGUCUUUCAGGUUCUGCUGCUCCUGAACUUUGUUUGGACUUUAACCAGAGGAGACAUAGAUGUUUCCUGUCAGUUUGGAGAGACCUGCGUCUUUCCCUGCAGAUUCUCACCAGGACACCAUAUUUUAAUCCACUGGCAUCUAAAUCUGACAGUUCAAGUCCACUCCUUUUUUGACGAUCAGGAUCAACUGGGACAGCAGGACCAGCAGUUUAAGGGCAGAACGUCUCUGUUCUUGGAUCAGAUCUUAGAGGGAAACGCCUCCCUGCUGCUGACUGGAGUGAAGGUUAAAGAUGAAGGCAGAUAUCAGUGUUACACCAGCACCAUGGAAGAAGAUGCAACAAAAAGCUAUGUCAAUGUGAAACUUACAGCUCCACUUCAGAAGAUCAACAUGACACAGACUAAGAAUCUGAUCAUCUGCAGCUCAGAUGAGAUCUAUCCUAAACCGCAUCUCAGCUGGUCCAUCAGUCCUCCAUCCAGCAGAACCUUCCAGAACAAAACCACAGUCCAGAAGACUGAAAAACAUCUUUACAACAUCAGCAGCUCUCUGACUCUAUCAGAUAGUGAAGAAGAUCUGGACCACAUCUGCACCAUCAGCACUCCAUCCAAACAGAGGAGAGCUUCAUGGAGGAGAAGACAUUCAGUGACGAUCAUCUCUGGAGAAGCAACCAUCUCCUGCUCUGCCUUAGACUCCUCCCUCAAAGGCCUCAGUCUGGUUUGGAGGUUCAAUCAGAGAGAGAAAAUAGUGACCAAGAACGAGGAUGAUGAGCACAGAGUGUCAGAGGAGUGGAAGCAGCAUGUGAAGGAUGUCUCAGAGUCAGGCAGACUCACACUGCAGCACUUAUCUGCAGAUCAUGAGGGAACAUACACAUGUGAAGUCAGCAAUGAUGGAGACACCAGCAUGGCUCAAAUCUCUCUGAGAUUAGCUGAAGGAAAAGACAAUUCUCAUGGUGGCAUAGUGGCUGCAAUUGUGAUCUUACCUAUAAUCGGCCUGGUCAUCUACUGCAUAGGAACAAAAUUAAAGCGUGUAGACCAUAAAAUCCCGGAAACACAGAGUCAGUCCCCUUCAGUGAAGAUCAUCUCUGGAGAAGCAACCAUCUCCUGCUCUUCCUUAGACUCCUCCCUCAAAGGCCUCUGUCUGGUUUGGAGGUUCAAUCAGAGCGAGAUAAUAGUGACCAAGAACGAGGAUGAUGAGCACAGAGUGUCAGAGGAGUGGAAGCAGCAUGUGAAGGAUGUCUCAGAGUCAGGCAGACUCACACUGCAGCACUUAUCUGCAGAUCAUGAGGGAACAUACACAUGUGAAGUCAGCAGUGAUGGAGACACCAGCAUGGCUCAAAUCUCUCUGAGAUUAGCUGAAGGAAAAGUUGUGGAGAAGUAG